AUGGCAACACCAAUAACAGGUACCUGCUGUGCACCAGCACCAGCUGUAACUGGAGCCUGGGUCGUGGCAGUGGCUGCUGUCUGUUCUGUCCUGAUCGUCACCAUCGCUGUGGUCGUCAUAUUUGUUGUUCGUAGAAAACGGACACGUGAAGGUUGGUAUUUCCGCUAUCCAAACGUGGUCUCAUAUGUCCGGGAUGAGGACAAUGAUGGGAGCUACCAGGAGAUAGAAGAAGAGGUGAACGUAGACGACAUCGCCCCUCUUGUAGCUGUCUACUCUGUUAUGCUCACGGCUGUGGCGGUUGUGGUGGCAGCAGUUGCUAUUCUUGUCUGCAAGGACGUAAAAGAUGGUCACAGCAGAAGAUUUGCUGAAUAUCUCACUGUGGUGGGCGAGAGACUAUCCUGUGACAUCAGUGAUGCACCUUGUGCUGCCAUCAACGACGAGGAUGCCUUAUCCUUGCAUGAUUAUGAGCGACUACUGAGGGAACAGUUCCACAUCUACACGUGCCUCAACCCUUCAGGUUCCUCUACAGAGGACCGCCGUACCAGGUGCAGCCUUAUGUGAGGGAACAGUUUCCCAUCUACACGUGUCUCAACCCUUCAGGUUCCUCUACAGAAGACCGCCGUACCAGGUGCAGCCUUAUGUGAGGGAACAGUUUCCCAUCUACACGUGGCUCAACCUUUCAGUUUCCUCUACAGACGUCCACAGUACCAGGUGCAGCUUAAUGUGAGGGAACAGUUCCACAUCCACACGUCUGUCCAUCCAUCAGCUUCCUCUACAGACGGCCACAGUACCAGGUGCAGCCUAAUGUGAGGCAACAGUUCCACAUCCACACGUCUGUCUAUCCAUCAGCUUCCUCUACAGAUGUCCACAGUACCAGGCACAGCCUCAUGUGAGGGAACAGCCAAGGGGAAACGUUUACCCCGAUGUGCGAUGCAAGGAAAGCUUGAGGCCCUGACGUGUCAUAUGCAUUGUUUCAAUAUAUCA